GGCGGGUGGAUGAACGCGGCCCUCUGUAAUGGCGGAGCGUGGCGGGGACGGGGGGGACGGUGAGCGAUUCAACCCGGGGGAGCUCAGGAUGGCUCAACAGCAGGCCUUGAGGUUCCGAGGCCCAGCUCCCCCACCAAAUGCAGUGAUGCGAGGCCCACCACCUCUUAUGCGACCUCCUCCACCGUUUGGUAUGAUGCGAGGCCCUCCACCACCACCUCGGCCCCCUUUUGGACGUCCUCCUUUUGAUCCUAAUAUGCCGCCAAUGCCUCCUCCAGGAGGGAUUCCUCCACCUAUGGGCCCUCCGCACCUCCAGAGACCACCUUUUAUGCCUCCACCCAUGGGAACCAUGCCUCCUCCUCCGGGUAUGAUGUUUCCACCAGGAAUGCCUCCUGUGACUGCUCCUGGUACUCCAGCAUUGCCUCCUACUGAGGAGAUAUGGGUUGAAAAUAAAACUCCAGAUGGGAAGGUUUAUUAUUAUAAUGCUCGGACACGUGAAUCUGCAUGGACCAAACCAGAUGGAGUUAAGGUUAUUCAGCAGUCAGAACUGACACCUAUGCUUGCAGCCCAGGCUCAGGUUCAGGCCCAAGCCCAGGCCCAGGCCCAGGCCCAGGCCCAGGCCCAGGCCCAGGCCCAGGCGCAGGCGCAGGCACAAGCACAAGCUCAAGCGCAGGCCCAGGCCCAGGCGCAGGCCCAGGCUCAGGCACAAGCACAGGCUCAGGCGCAGGCCCAAGUGCAGGCCCAGGUGCAGGCGCAAGUACAAGCACAAGCAGUAGGAGCUUCCACCCCUACAACCAGUAGCCCAGCACCUGCAGUGUCCACUUCAACAUCAUCAUCCACCCCAUCCUCUACCACUUCUACCACAACAACUGCCUCUUCGGUUUCGCAGACAGUAUCAACACCCACAACACAAGAUCAGACCCCAAGUUCUGCUGUUUCAGUUGCCACGCCUACAGUUAGUGUUUCAACUCCUGCUCCUACAGCCACACCUGUGCAAACUGUUCCCCAGCCGCAUCCCCAGACGUUACCUCCUGCUGUUCCUCAUUCAGUACCUCAGCCAGCAGCAGCAAUACCUGCUUUUCCACCAGUAAUGGUACCUCCGUUUCGUGUUCCCCUUCCUGGCAUGCCAAUUCCACUUCCAGGUGUAGCAAUGAUGCAAAUAGUCAGCUGCCCGUAUGUAAAGACAGUCGCUACCACCAAGACCGGUGUGUUGCCAGGCAUGGCCCCUCCUAUCGUACCUAUGAUACACCCCCAGGUUGCUAUUGCAGCUUCCCCUGCUACCUUAGCUGGAGCAACGGCAGUUUCUGAGUGGACUGAGUAUAAAACAGCGGAUGGAAAGACGUAUUACUAUAAUAAUAGAACGUUAGAAUCAACCUGGGAAAAACCCCAAGAGCUAAAGGAAAAAGAAAAAUUAGAGGAGAAGAUUAAAGAGCCAAUUAAAGAACCUUCUGAAGAACCUCUUCCAAUGGAGACGGAGGAGGAGGACCCUAAAGAAGAGCCAAUAAAGGAGAUAAAGGAGGAGCCCAAAGAGGAGGAGAUGACUGAAGAAGAAAAGGCUGCCCAGAAGGCAAAGCCAGUAGCUACUACCCCUAUUCCUGGUACUCCAUGGUGUGUUGUUUGGACUGGUGAUGAGCGGGUCUUCUUUUAUAAUCCUACCACCCGUCUUUCUAUGUGGGACCGACCUGAUGAUCUGAUUGGAAGGGCAGAUGUUGACAAAAUUAUUCAGGAGCCUCCUCAUAAAAAAGGAAUGGAAGAAGUGAAGAAACUAAGACACCCGACCCCCACAAUGCUGUCCAUCCAAAAAUGGCAAUUCUCUAUGAGUGCAAUUAAAGAAGAACAAGAAUUAAUGGAAGAACUUAAUGAAGAUGAACCUGUUAAAGCCAAAAAACGGAAGAGAAUGUCAAAGAAGUCCUUUAUGUGGAUUGCCCGAGCUUCUCUAUUUAGGAGAGACGAUAAUAAAGACAUUGAUUCAGAGAAAGAAGCUGCGAUGGAAGCUGAAAUUAAAGCUGCCCGAGAAAGGGCCAUUGUCCCUCUGGAGGCCAGAAUGAAGCAGUUCAAGGACAUGCUGCUAGAGAGAGGGGUGUCUGCUUUUUCAACAUGGGAGAAGGAGUUGCACAAGAUAGUUUUUGAUCCUCGGUACUUACUUCUCAAUCCUAAAGAGAGAAAACAGGUAUUUGAUCAGUAUGUAAAGACGAGGGCUGAGGAAGAACGCAGGGAAAAGAAAAACAAAAUAAUGCAAGCCAAGGAAGAUUUCAAGAAAAUGAUGGAAGAAGCAAAAUUUAAUCCAAGAGCUACUUUUAGUGAAUUUGCAGCCAAGCAUGCUAAAGAUUCAAGAUUCAAAGCAAUUGAAAAGAUGAAAGAUCGAGAAGCCUUGUUUAAUGAAUUUGUGGCAGCUGCAAGGAAGAAAGAGAAAGAAGAUUCGAAGACCAGAGGUGAGAAGAUUAAAUCGGAUUUCUUUGAAUUGUUAUCAAAUCAUCACUUGGACAGUCAGUCUCGAUGGAGCAAAGUGAAAGACAAAGUAGAAAGUGAUCCACGUUACAAAGCAGUGGACAGUUCAUCAAUGAGAGAAGACCUUUUCAAACAGUAUAUUGAAAAAAUAGCCAAGAAUUUAGACUCAGAAAAAGAAAAGGAGCUUGAAAGGCAAGCCCGCAUUGAGGCAAGCCUUCGAGAACGAGAAAGAGAGGUACAGAAGGCUCGUUCAGAACAAACAAAAGAAAUAGAUCGAGAGAGAGAGCAACACAAACGAGAAGAAGCUAUCCAGAAUUUCAAGGCUCUUUUGUCUGACAUGGUACGUUCUUCAGAUGUGUCAUGGUCUGAUACUCGGAGGACUCUGCGGAAAGAUCACCGUUGGGAAUCUGGAUCCUUGUUGGAAAGAGAGGAGAAAGAGAAGCUUUUUAAUGAACACAUUGAAGCACUUACCAAAAAGAAGAGGGAGCACUUUAGGCAACUUCUGGAUGAAACUUCUGCAAUUACCUUAACAUCCACAUGGAAAGAAGUAAAAAAAAUCAUUAAAGAAGAUCCUCGGUGCAUUAAGUUCUCCUCCAGUGACAGGAAAAAACAAAGAGAAUUUGAGGAAUACAUCAGAGACAAAUACAUCACAGCCAAAGCUGACUUCAGGACGCUUUUGAAAGAGACCAAAUUUAUAACCUAUAGAUCCAAAAAGCUAAUCCAGGAAUCUGAUCAGCACCUGAAAGAUGUAGAAAAAAUCUUGCAGAACGACAAACGGUAUCUAGUACUAGACUGUGUGCCCGAGGAGAGGCGUAAACUGAUUGUGGCAUAUGUGGACGACCUGGACCGCCGGGGUCCACCCCCGCCUCCCACAGCGUCAGAGCCCACGAGACGAUCAACAAAAUAAUUCUCAGUACUCUUCCACAGGGGGAUCUUCAUUCGAAACGCUUGCAUGAGCCAAUUUUCAGGUUUUUACAUGUAUGUGCAUUAGUCAAACUAUUGCAGAACCAUCUGACGAACAGAAGGAGAAGCAUUCGUGAACCGUUUCUGAACAGAGAACACUUUGGAAAUAAUUUAUGCUUUUCUUUGUGUGGCAUGACUGACAUACAUACUCAAAUAUAGGCUGUCUCUAGUAAAUCUAAAAUCUCGAAGCUAAAAAUCAUCCUUUUAUGAGGUGUGGAAGUCAGUGACUUUUGGUGACGUUCUUUCUAGCAGUGUUAAACAUGCAAGACGUAAGAGCAUUUGUGGUUUGAACUUGCAAGAUGCAAAUACCACAUACUCCAAGAAAACCUAAGUUGGGGGUUGUUCUGUUUUGAUUUUGUUUUUUAAAGCGGGUAAAAGAGAAAACACUGAAAAUUGAAUUCUUAUCUUCCAGAGGCUAAGAUUAUAAUGGACAUACUUUUACCUUUGUCUCUAAAGAACACUUUAGUUUUGUUUGUUCACUUAUGUGCUUUGAUUAUCCCCUCAGAAUUAGAGGCCAAGUCUUGUUGUUUAGCCUAAGAGAAGAUUUAUUUAGUAAUUUCUUCUCAGGUAUGGAACCAUGGUCAUAACUAACAUAUUGGCCAGAAUAGGACUGCUGGUUAAACACAUUUUAUUUACCAUUAAGUGAUCUUUAUCAAUAUUCUGGAUUAGACAACAAAUUACCUUUCUUGGGUGUUCCCUGUAAACUAUACUCCUGUUUGAAUGUUAAACUUUUGUUUCUAAAGUUUAAUUUUAAGAUGUUUGAAUGUUCAGUUUAUGUAUUUGAACUACAAUAAACCAACCCUUUUUUU